UGUUAUAAGGAUGCCUCGCUCAAGUCCUUUGCUCAAUUUCUGCUGAGGUUCCUGGACUUCAUCUUCUUGGGCAGUGCUGCAGCUCAGGUCUUUGGUGGAGUUUUCGUGAUCCUGGUGUUCAGGAACUACAAAUAUUUAUUUCACGAGUCUUGCUUGUCUAUCCUUGGUUGGCUGGCUCUUGUAGCUGAACUUAUCUUGCUGCCUAUUGGACUUUUGGCUGUCUCUACUUCUGUUAAGAGCUCCUGCAAUGAGCAAGGGACUCUCAUGUACUUGCUGCUACUCCUUCUUUGCAUAGAAACGUCCUCAGUAGUUCUAGCACAGUUCUACUCUACUAGUAUGGCUUCUCAGCUGGAAAGCACUAUGGGUUGCCUUGUGUAUCAGCAUGAUGGGACAUGCUCUCAGCAUCCUGGAAGCACGGCUGUGGAUGCAAUGCAGAGGAAGCUGCAGUGUUGUGGGGUCCACAACUACACAGACUGGCUAAAGACCACAGCUGCUUCUUGGCAUCUCCCAGCUUAUGUCCCUGAAAGCUGCUGUAAGCAGAAUUAUUCUUACUGCAGAGGAGACCUAGGCCAUCUGGAGCUGUUAUGUCAGGAAGGCUGUUUAAAGAAGCUAGAAGAUCGAUUGUAUUUUGUAGUGCUGUAUGUGCUUUGGUGUUGUGCUUCUCUAAGCCUCUUGGUGCUGUUGGCUGGUGUCAGCAAUGGCAUCUUCAUGAAGCAUCAGCCUUUCUAUGACCUUAAAAUUCUGGACUCAUCUACCUUCCCACAGGACUGCAGGCACUGGCAGUUUUGCUAA